AUGCCUGAAGCGGUACAGAGAUUACUUCGCACUCAUCAACAAAACUUGGUAUCUGGAGGCAUGGAGUCCGACGAGCCAGAACCAAUGCAGGAUCCAUUGGAACAUCAACCGACAUUUUCAUUCGAGCCGCCCGGAAGCAUUCGGGCCAAUCAACCUGGUCGAAAUGAUUCCAUGGCUUCAGUCGCUUCGCUUGAAAUCAAGUCAGAACUCGAAUCGGAACAUGUCAUGCCAUCACAACCACUGAGUGUACCACGAGUAAGAAGAAGUCCCCGGACCGAGUACAAUGAUACGACCAUGAAAGACUUUCGACAGCAUCUGGGGGUCAUCGACCUUCGCAAUGAACUGGUGGGUUGGCCAUACCAGAACGAAAGUACGCCAGGGAAGACCAUGACUUUCAAAGGGGACGGUGCCGAGGAGAAAUCUCUUUCGACUUCGAGUUCAGACAAGAAGGAGCAUGUGACCGACACCAGCCCGAACCCGGAUGAAGAAGAUGGAGAAAUCAGCGAUCAUCAAGAACAAGAACGACCGGGAUCCUCUCGUAGUCCUGCAACACUAGAGCAGCCAGAUCAAUCUAAUCAACCAAAUGCCCCACCGUUGCCAAAAGAGGCGCCGCCUGGGCAAGCACAACAAGAUGAUGGUUGGGAUGCACUUUGGGAUGAGCAAGCUCAGGCAUUCUACUUCUUUAAUCGAUUCACCAAUACUUCCCAAUGGGACAACCCCCGGAUACCAGAAGCAGCCACGCAGCAGCCACCUCCCCCCGGCGCUGACAACUGGACCUCAGCCAGACCAGACCCUGCUCCGACAAAGCGUGUGGGUGGCUAUGAUCCUUCCAUACACGGCGACUAUGACCCCAACGCCGAUUAUGCAAAGGUAUAUGAGACAGGGUCAUCAACCGACACAACAGGCGCAGGAUUGCCCGGCAGCUCAAGUGUGGCAGAUUCAUAUGCCGCGACGGGCAGCUUCAAUCGAUUCACAGGGAAGUGGCAGCGAGGAGAUCUCAAUCCUGACAAUUUUAGUGAUGAACAGAAAAGCCGGCGGCAAAUGAAUGCCUUCUUUGAUGUGGAUGCUGCUGCCAACAGCCAUGAUGGCAAGAGUCUUCGAGCAGAACGGGCGAACAAGAAGUUGAGCAAGGCCGAGUUGAAGGCAUUCAAGGAGAAGCGAAGGGAGAAGAAGGAAGAGAAACGGAGAGCGUGGCUCAGGGAUUGA